CCCCCAUCACUGGGGCCAUUUUUGUCCGUCUAAUGAAUCCUUAUCCCUCGCUCUAAAUCCUCUCCGAUUAUAGCGGCUCGCGCACGCGGUUCCCUUGCGGCAAGAAAAGAGACGAUGCAGUCGUCUAAGAUGCGCCGGAAAGUCGCGCCGGUAACGGCGGACGGCGUCGACUCCGCCGACAAGUUGGAUCAGCACCUCCUCUCCUCCGCCAUCUGCAACAACGAAGACCUUAGUCCCUUCAUACGCAAAGCUUUUGCCUCCGGCAAGCCGGAGACCCUUCUCCAUCACCUCCGCCACUUCACUCGAUCCAAAGAGUCUGAAAUCGAAGAAGUCUGCAAGGCUCACUAUCAGGACUUCAUCAUGGCCGUCGACGACCUCCGAUCUCUCCUCUCCGACGUCGAUUCCCUCAAGUCGUCUCUCUCCAAUUCCAACUCCAAACUGCAGUCCGUCGCCGGUCCUCUCCUUUCCUCUCUCGACGCCUUCGUGGAGGCUCGAAACGUAAGCCAGAACAUUGCCCUCGCACUUGAAUCGGUUCAGACAUGCGUUCGCCUCAUUGAGUUUUGCGCGAGAGCGAACGUCCAUCUCUCGAGUAACAAUUUUUACAUGGCCUUGAAGUGUGCGGACUUGAUCGAGAGAGAUUUUCUCGAUAAAACGCCGUUGUAUACCGUUCGGAAGAUGCUUGAGAGGCAUAUCCCGGCGAUUCGAUUGUAUAUCGAAAGGAGGAUCAGCAAGGAGUUCGGUGACUGGCUGGUGGAUAUCCGUAUUGUGAGCCGCAAUCUAGGACAGCUUGCGAUUGGACAAGCAUCGUCGGCGAGGCAGAGAGAGGAGGAUCUUCGGAUGAAGCAACGGCAAGCCGAGGAACAGAGCCGACUCAGUUUGAGAGAUUGUGUUUAUGCUUUGCAAGAAGACGAUGAUGACGAACUUGGAGGAAUUGGAGUUGAAGGUAAGGAUGCUUACGGAAACAACAAUGGUAAUGGUGCGUUAGGGUUUGAUUUGACUCCACUGUACAGGGCUUAUCACAUACAUCAGACGUUGGGGCUUGAGGAUCGAUUUAAACAGUACUAUUUUGAGAACAGGAAGCUUCAAUUGACCUCAGACUUUCAGGUAUCGUCAAUGACUCCUUUCCUUGAAUCUCACCAAACUUUUUUCGCACAAAUUGCUGGGUUUUUUAUUGUUGAAGAUCGGAUUUUGAGGACUGGUGGUGGUUUGAUUUCCAAGAUGGAAGUUGAGAAUUUGUGGGAAACUGCUGUUAGUAAGAUGUGUUCCGUGUUAGAGGAUCAGUUCUCUAGGAUGCAGACUGCAAAUCACCUGCUGCUUAUAAAGGACUAUGUGAGUUUGCUCAGUGUAACUUUGCGUAGGUAUGGGUACUUAGUUGAUGCUUUGCUUGAUGUUUUAAGCAAGCAUAGAGAUAAGUACCAUGAACUAUUGUUGUCAGAUUGUCGCAAACAGAUUGCAGAAGCACUUGCCGCUGAUAAAUUUGAACAAAUGUUGAUGAAGAAAGAGUAUGAAUAUUCUAUGAAUGUUUUGUCAUUUCAGAUACAAACAUCAGACAUAACACCCGCAUUUCCUUAUGUUGCACCUUUUUCAUCUACAGUGCCUGAUUGUUGCCGCAUUGUGCGAUCCUUUAUUGAGGAUUCUGUGAGUUUCAUGUCAUAUGGUGGGCAGCUUGAUUUCUACGAUGUUGUCAAGAAGUAUCUUGAUAGGCUUUUGAGUGAGGUUUUGGAUGAAGCUUUGUUGAAGCUUAUUAACUCAUCUGUUCAUGGAGUGUCCCAGGCAAUGCAGGUUGCGGCAAAUAUGGCUGUCUUGGAGCGUGCUUGUGAUUUCUUCUUUCGUCAUGCUGCACAGCUUUCAGGCAUCCCUUUGAGAAUAGCAGAGAGAGGUAGGAGGCAGUUUCCUCUGAACAAUGCCCGUGAUGCCGCAGAAGUUACACUCUCUGGCUUGCUUAAAACUAAGGUUGAUGGAUUUAUGACAUUGAUUGAGAAUGUUAAUUGGAUGGUUGAUGAACCUCUGCAGAAUGGAAACGAAUAUGUGAAUGAGGUGAUUAUAUAUUUGGAAACUCUGGUUUCAACAGCACAGCAGAUAUUGCCCGCCCAAGUUCUUAAAAGAGUUCUGCAUGAUGUUCUUUCUCAUAUAUCGGAAAAGAUAGUAGGGGCUCUAGUUGGGGAUUCAGUUAAGAGAUUCAAUGUAAAUGCUAUUAUGGGGAUUGACCCGGAUAUUCGGUUGUUGGAAUCAUUUGUGGAUAAUCAGGCUCCUCUUUUCUCAGAUUUGGAGUUAAGUCAGUUGAAAACAGCACUUGCUGAGCCAAGACAAUUGAUUAACUUGCUACUAAGCAAUCAUCCCGAAAAUUUUUUGAAUCCAGUAAUCAGGGAGAGGAGUUACAAUACUUUGGACUACAGGAAAGUAAUGAUAAUUUCAGAGAAAUUAAGGGAUCCUUCUGAUCGGCUAUUUGGAUCAUUUGGAGGAAGGAGUCUUAAGCAAAAUCCAAAAAAGAAAUCUCUGGAUGCUCUGAUUAAAAGACUUAAGGAUGUGAGCUGAUUUGAAAUACCAGACAUUGUGGGUGCCUUUGCUGCAUUGGCAAGAGGGUGGAAAGCUGUCUUGGAGGGGCUGGUAGAGGAGCAAGGCAUCACUGAAAUCUCCUUCGGCUGCAACAGAGUGAGCAAUUGCUGAUACUGCCCCUUAGUUAGACCAACCCUGGAAUCUGAGUCCUCUUCUUGAUCAAUAAUGGCAGAGUUAGCAAAAGAGGUGGAUGAUUUCCCCUUGUUGAAGAACUUGUGCCCGGGGGGGUACUCGUGAAGUUUGUAGCAUUUCUCAGCUACAUGACCACUCAUAUGGCAAUGUGUACAGGUUGGUGGCUCGGCAUUUCCUGCCUUAAAACAGUUUUCUAGAGAGUGACCUGGUUGAUGACAAUGGGUACAAUAGGGGCAGUCUCGUUUAGGGGGCUGUCCAGGCUUGGGAUUUGGCUUGAAGGUGGGAUGGAAUUUCUUGGUUGUUAAGGCCAUCGAAUCAGGAGAGGGACAACUACUCAGCAUGAGAUUUUGCCUCUCCUGUUGCUGGAUCAUGGAAAGGACUUUACCAACAGAGGGUAGGGGAUCAAUGAGCAUGAUUUGGUCCCUUGAAUUGGUGUAUGAAUCACUUAGGCCCAUCAAUAACUGUAUCACACAGUUCCUAUGAUUUGUAUUCAAAAGGAUCUUUAAUUUUCCACAGCUACAGUCAGGCAAUGGAUCAAACACAUUUAGUUCAUCCCAAAGUGAUUUCACUUUCCCAUUAUAAACACUUACUGAAUCUUGCUCUUGUUGCAGUCCUGCUAGUGCCUUCUUAAGCUGAAAAGUCCAUGAACCAUUUUGUUGAGUAAAGCGCUCCUUCAGCUCAUUCCAGAUCACGAAAGCUUCAUCCAAAAGAGCAAUGCUAGACUUAAUUGAUGGAGAAAUAGAGUUCUGUAUCCAGGAAGUCACAAAGUCAUUGCAACGUUCCCAGGCUUCGAGUAAAGGGUCGUCUGGAUUGGUGGGUUUGGAAAUCUCGCCACUAAUAAAUCCCAACUUGUUCUUGGCUUCUAAGAGCUCCUUGCAUAGCCCUGGACCAAGUGGUAUAAUUGUCAACAGUGAGAAGUUGAGGAACAAGAGAAACAGGUGGGUUGUCCCCAUUGUCAAGCCGACAAGGGUUAGUGACAUCAUUGAAAUUGAGAAAACGAUUUGAAGAAGAAUUAUUGGCAGAAAUUUCUGUAGUCGUAGUUGCUAAGUUUCACUGCUCUGAUACCAUGUAAGAAAAUGGCAAGGAGAAUUUUGGAAGAAAAUUUGGAAAGGAAGGUUCAGGUGUGAGAAGAACUGGGGAGUCUUCUUCAUUGAAUACUUUGCCUUUACAAAGAAUGAGUAUAUGUAGUACUCUGUACAGCCUUCCUCACGAGCAAAAGGCAUAUUUACAGCAGAGCAAAAAGAAUAUUUACAGCUCUGCACAUAACAAACUCUACUAACUAUACA